UCUUAGUUUUAUAAGCUCGGCGAUUACUUCAGCAUUUAUAAGCAUACCGAAUUAUAGAAUGAAUUAGUGUGCGGCUAAUGUAGAGUUACACUAUCCUAUCCUAUUAUGGAAGGCAUCCCCGGCUGACCCGGAAAACGUACCUACCUAUUAUACGUGCAUAAUAAACUUCGCUCUCGGACUGAGAGCAAAGAGUUUAUGAUUACUAUCAUUAUUACGUUGCUAGGUGUCCGUAACGAUAGAAACGAACACACAACAUUUGUAGAAAUAUAUAAAUGUGACGUGAUAUUUUAUAAUAUCAUAAUUAAAUCAAGAAUGGAUUAUUAUUAAGGCAAAGCAUGUCCGUUGCCAGUUUAUUGCCAGAAGAUAAACGAAAAGAUCAAAGAAUCUCCUUGGAGAGCGUGUACAGCAGCAAUUCGCGGCUGAACUUGCUGCAAAAGCGGAAGCGCAUGAAUCCGGCUCAGCCGCAGCAUCGACCGCACGGCGAACAGCGUGUGCUGUCUGCUAAGAUGCACCGACUCAAGGCGCUACAGAAUCAGCUCGCCGACGCGCACUUUCACUUGCAGGAGCUGAGCAAUGAAAAUAAAAUCCUGCGGUCUUUGCAAAAGAAGCAGGAAGUCGCCCUGCAGCGGUACGACAGUUCGAGUGCGGAGCUUCCGCAAGUUCUGAGCGCGCACAGCGAGGAGAUGCGCGUGCAGCAGGCCAAGUACCAGCAAGCUCGCCGUCGCCUUCGCGACCUCGAGGGCCAGCUGCGAGACCGCGACCUGCGUUUGCAGGCUCUGCAGGACCAACACAACCACCUGCUGAACCUCACGCGCGAUAAGAAUCUACCGGAACGUGAGAAGCUGCAAGCGCAGGUGAGUGAGCUGCGAGAGACGGCGCGGCAGCAGCAGGAGACGAUCGCCGGGCUGCAAAGACGGCUGGCGCUCGAGGCUAAGAACUUCAGACAUCGGUUGCAGGCCGAAAUCGAAAAGCACCGCGACACACGAAACGACCUAGAUCUGGCUAUCAGCAACGCCGACAAGCUCUCGACCAUUAUUGAGAUAAAAGAGAAGAUGAUCAGCACGGCCGCCGGUCGCGGCGGAGGUAGAAGCUCACCUCCGAAGAUCGCUUCCGUGGCGCAGCUCGCCAGACCUCUGAGUAAAAAUAGGAAACAUGGUGACGACCGUUCCGGCGAACGUUAUGUUCCGUCGAGACAGGGUGGAGAUUUCCGUGCACCGAGCGGUUUGUCCGACGAAGACCAGGUGAGUCGUCCCCGAGAUCUUCCUGCCGCGAACGUUGAUCUCGCCAAGGCUGUGCAGGAGGGCAUGGCGAGUGUGGGCAUCCGCGAACAACGCAUCGCCGGCACGGAGAACUCGCAAAGUAAAAUGGAAGCGAUGAAAACGGAUUUAAUGAAUAGAAUAAGAAAUAACGAGGAGCCCAGGUCGCGAAAGACGAGUGCACUCCGACGACAGGCGACGGAGGAGAGCGUGAGCGAAUACGUGGUUGAGGAGGCGGGCCGGGCACGGAGGAGCUCGGGCGUAUCCUUUUACGAAGCCGGUCGUGGCGAAUCGGAGACCGACACGGAGCGCGGGACCGGAGACGGGACGCAGAUGGGCAGACGCGCGGAAAGAUACUGCAAAGAUAUACUCGAGGAUAUCGAAAAGAGCUCGCGCGUAAUCGACGUGCACGUGCGGCAGCUUUCGGCGGCGACGGGAGCGGGCGAGAGGCUAGCCUCGCAGCUGCGAGCCGUCGACCGUGUCAAUGAGCUGGUGAACGCUCGCGGGGACCUUCCCGCCGGGGCGAUCUCGCAGCUUCAGGACGAGUUCGAGGCCCUGUCGCAACACGCACUGCCUCCGCGUCUCCGUCCCGCUGCCGAUCUCCUCGGAGACCGAGCGCUCUCCAACCGGGAUCUACUGGACGACUUACUCGGGAAGAAGUGAAGUCCCGCGUCCGAUUUCGCUCUAUAGAGAUAAACUAUAGUUUACGUUAACUUUGUAAAGAUUUCUAUUCUAUUAUUUUAAAGAUAAUUUAUUUUUUGACUCUUGUUAAAAUUGACGGGUAAAAAGAAUUUCCUGUAUGUGUGAAGAUUUUGUGACGUUUGUGUACCUCUUUCUUAUUUAAUUGUACUUGAAAUUUUAUACCGAUUGUGUGAAUAAACGUCAGUUAUUUCAAUUGAUUAAAAUAGUCU